GUAUGGUGACAUGGUGCCAAAUACCAUUAUAGGUAAGAUUGUUGGUGGUGUGUGUUCACUUAGUGGAGUACUGGUCAUAGCCUUGCCAGUGCCAGUCAUCGUGUCCAACUUUAGCCGAAUCUACCAACAAAACCAGAGGGCGGACAAACGGAAAGCGCAAAAGAAAGCCAGGAUGGCCAAAAUCCAGAUUGCUAAAAAUGCUAGUGGUACGGCAUUUGUUGCAAAGAAGAAAGCUGCAGAAAGACUACUGCAGGGAGGUGGCACGAUGGAAGAGUUUACCGCUAACAUGUCUGGUUUUGAAAAACAACAUCAUCAUCUUUUACAAUGUUUAGAGACAACCACCAAUCGUGAAUUUGUGGAGACAGAGUUUACAUAUAAUGGUGUUCCAUGUACCAGGACAGCGGAAACCCAUAUAAGUCCACCACUUACGCCUAGUCCCUCAAUUGUAUCGUCUCAUCACACAAAAACCAGUUGUUGUGGGAUAAGGAGGCAACGUUCUGGAUCAUCGUCAAGAUACCAAUCAGCACCUACAUCAGCCACACCAACCUCACCAGUUACUCCACAAGACUACAACGAUAUUCAAAUUCGGAUUCCUAACAGAACGUCUCGUUCAGACUUAAAUGCAAGAUCACCGUAUCCAAAAGUUAACUGUACAACUGCAAGCACGGGGAUAACCACCGCAAUUGUUACCAUGCCGACACCAACGCCCACACCGACAACAGACGUGGAAUCUAAUCAAAGUGGCACAAAUUCCUCAGGGGGUUCUCCCAACAUAGUUCGAAUAUCAGCGUUAUAGCAGUCGUAGUUUUAGGUAAAGAAAAGUCAAUUAUGUAAAUUAAUCCAUUACCUACCACCAAAUAGUAGAAAUGAAACAAAGUCAGUAUCGAAUUACAAUUUUCAACUGAAAAUCUUUUCAAAACCAUUGUAAAUAUUUCUUGACUGUAAAAUAUCUUUGCCUACUUGCAGCCUUUCUGCUUUCAACAGUAUAUAACAGUAUUAUUAUUACAAAAUAAGACCCUCCAUUAAAUAAUUUACUACUUUCAAUAUUUCUAAAAAAAAAAUGAAAAUAUUAUGGCUUUGUUGUACCUACUUGAGGUAGGCGGGUAUGUCAAAAGAUUUCUUCAAAUAAUGAGUUGAAUUAAUUUAGUUUGUUGGAAGUAGUAAUAAAAGAGGUAGUGAUGAUCAUUGUCUGUUCUAACUCUCUAAUUAGACUAGCUGAAUUGUUUGUUUACACUUAUUAAGUCGAGCUGUUUUGUUAUUGUCAAGGUCUGGCCACUAGUUAAUAUAAUACAAUUUGCUUUGAAAAACUAAUUUUGUUUUUGAAAAUAAAGACUAAGAACACAAACCUGAAAAUUAUUUGGGGGGGGGGGAUAACUGUCAAAAUAAUAUUAUUUCUGUGCAAAGUAUGAAAAGGUGAAAUAAUUGCUGCUUUGAAUUUGUUAUGUUUGAACGUUCUAAGCGGAUGUACGGGUAUUAUUCAUAUAAACAAAAUAGAUGUGAUACUUUGUUGGGUGUUGGAACUUCCCUUGUAUGUCACAUGAUAUUGAUGGGGCUAUGGAUUAGUCCAUUCAAAGAAGGGGGAUAUGGAUUAGUCCAUUCAAAGAAGGGGGAUAUUGAAUAGUCAAUUCAAUGUAGGGGACUAUGGAAUUUAAUGAAGGGGAGGAAUAGUGUAGCAAGAACAGAAUUUAGAAUCUUGCAGUCGUUUACGUUAUCGGAUGCCCUUCUACUGGGAUAAUACUGUGUUGUGCUCCUUUCAUAUUUAUACCUUUGGUUUUUUUUUGGCAAUAUUCUUUCUUAUGAAUUAUGCAAUUGUCUUAUCUUGGUUUGAAUCUGUAGAUUUAAAUAAUCAUAUCUAGAUUUAGUUGGAAUAAAAUAGACUAAAUGUCACAAAUUGUGAAA